UCUCAACUUUGCUUAUCAGAUUACGUGAAAGUUAUGCUGUAUUAAACUGAAAGAGAAUGCAAAAAUUCAUGAGUUUCACCAAAGAAAGGCAAUUUAUUGAUUUUUUUUUUUAUAAAAUCAUUUAAAUUGUAGUAACUACAAAUUAAAAAAGAAUAUUGCAAAUUAUUCUUUUUAUCUCUCUAUAAUUUCGUUCCUGUUCAGCUAUGCAUUUCUACACCGUUGGUCCGAUCGCGAUGAAAUUUGGUACAGAGACUACUGAUACCAGGCGGCUUUUACCAACGACAUUCAUUUCCCCCCCAGAGCCCCCCUUCGUAGCGCCCCCAUAUAAAAUUCGUGCUUUUUUGACUACUUUUUGAAAUUGGCGCCCUUUUCGGUACAUUUUCUUGAAGAGAAAAUGAGAUGGAUGCAUUUUCCUGCUAUCCGUCUCCCUCACACAUUCACUUUUUCGCAAUUUUCUCACGUUUUCCGCCGAGUUUUCCGGCCGGAAGUAAGUUUUUGCAAUCAGGAAGCGACGCCGCGUCGAAUGGCAGCAUUGGUGUGAAAAGCUCGCGAAAAUCCAUUUUCGGGAAAUGAGAGUCGUGUAAAAUCCCCAACCGUCAAAAUUUUCAAAUUUGUUACCCAACCGUCAAAAUUUCCACGGGCCCCAAAUUCAUGAAUUUCUCCAAAGAAAGCCAAUUUAUUGAUUUUUUUUUGAUAAAAUCAUUAAAAUUGUUGUAACUACAAAUUAAAAAAGAAUAUUGCAAAUUAUUCUUUUUUAAAUUGGAUAAAUUGAGAAAAUAAAACGUUUGCGUUUAAAAGAGCGAGCAAAUUUUGGCGGGAAGAAAUUGAGCGACUUUUUCGGAACAAACAUAACCUAUCUUUUUCAUUAUUUUGAUUCUUGUGGUUGCGGUUAUAAAAAAAAGUGAACAUGCCUUUCCCGACCAGUGUCCUCCGCAAGUCCCUCCUGCAAUAUUACCAGAGCAAUGCAGCUGUAGUACAGAGUCGUUUGAAUGCAAUAACCUUCCCGCAGCGCCUGAAGGGGACAAUUGUGGAGAAAUGGGCCACCUACUGGAAGCACCUCUUCCUCGACUACAUGGAGGUUAUUGCGGGAUUGGGAAGAGAAGCCCGGGAUAAGCCACUGAAGGCGACAGUCGUUGGAUCAGUGGUCGGAAGUCUCUACUACUGUGGGAAAACAAAUCCAGAUAGAGAGAAUUUCAUGGAGACCCUUCGGACGUAUCAGAAUGAAAUGAGUUUGGUGCACGAAUCUCUCCACAAUCCCAUUUCAAGAGAACACAUCCUGAUGGUUGAGCGAAAUGUCAAUUCGGGUCAGCUGAGACGAUUAUCCUUGGGAGUGUUGUCCUUGAUGUGGCUGGAUGAUUGUAGCGAUGAAACGGCAAACUAUCGUGCUAACUGCUCGUAUCUGAAGCCAGAAUGGUCAUCAUUUCAUCGACGCAUCAUAGACAUUGGAUUCUUGGGUGAGUGGUGGAAUUUCCGGCAAAAGAUGACUGAUUACGAUAUUAAUUAUUAGCUUAUCUAUUAGCUGUAUUUAGAAAUAAAACUUAUAAAUAGCUUAAA